CGCUCCACUCCGCCUCUUAUUCCUCAUUGGUCAAAAGCACCGCCCGCAGUGCUGCGAUUGGCCAAACGGGCGGCUACCGCAUCCAAUGGGCGGCGGCGCUGGCUUUCCCGCUACGGUUCGUUACUUGAGAGGGUCGUGGCGGCGGCGGCAGUUGGGUGUAACGGUCGCCCGGCUCCGGUGCGACCAUGGCGGCCUUGGGGCCCGGAGGCUACGCGCGGAACGAUGUGCGGAGAGGCCAGUCCUCCCCGCCCCCCUCUCCAGCGCUCUGCCUCCGCCGGCGGACGAGACUCCCCACGGCGCCCGAGGACACAGUGCAGAACCGGGUGUCACUGGAGAAGGUGCUUGGCAUCACAGCCCAGAACAGCAGUGGCCUAACCUGUGACCCCAGCACAGGCCGCGUGGCCUACCUAGCAGGCUGUGUGGUGGUGAUUUUGGACCCCAAGGAGAACAAGCAGCAGCACAUUUUUAACACUGCCAGGAAGUCUCUGAGCUCUCUGGCCUUCUCCCCUGAUGGGAAGUACAUAGUGACGGGAGAGAACGGGCACAGGCCUACUGUGCGAAUCUGGGAUGUGGAUGAGAAGAGUCAGGUGGCAGAGAUGUUGGGCCACAAGUACGGCGUGGCCUGUGUGUCCUUCUCCCCAAAUAUGAAGCACAUUGUGUCCAUGGGCUAUCAGCACGACAUGGUACUCAACGUCUGGGACUGGAAGAAAGAUAUUGUGGUGGCCUCCAACAAGGUAUCAUGCAGGGUCAUCGCCCUCUCUUUCUCAGAGGACAGCAGCUAUUUUGUUACUGUUGGUAACCGGCAUGUUAGGUUCUGGUUCUUGGAAGUCUCCACUGAAGCAAAGGUGACCGGGACAGUGCCCCUCAUAGGGCGCUCAGGCAUCCUGGGUGAGCUGCACAACAAUGUCUUCUGUGGUGUGGCUUGUGGCCGGGGCCAGAUGGCAGGCAACACCUUCUGUGUGUCCUACUCGGGCCUCCUCUGCCAGUUCAACGAGAAGAGGGUGCUGGAGAAGUGGAUCAAUCUGAAGGUCUCCCUGUCUUCCUGCCUCUGUGUCAGCCAGGAGCUCAUCUUCUGCGGUUGUACAGAUGGGAUAGUUCGCAUUUUCCAGGCCCACAACCUACAUUACCUCGCCAACCUGCCCAAGCCACACUACCUUGGGGUGGAUGUGGCCCAGGGCCUGGAGCCCAGCUUCCUCUUCUGCAGGAAGGCAGAAGCAGUCUAUCCGGAUACGGUGGCACUGACCUUUGACCCCAUCCACCAAUGGCUAUCCUGUGUGUAUAAGGACCACAGCAUCUAUAUCUGGGAUGUCAAAGAUAUCAACAAAGUAGGCAAGGUGUGGUCGGAGCUCUUCCACAGCUCCUACGUCUGGAAUGUGGAGGUGUAUCCUGAGUUUGAAGAUCAGAGAGCUUGUCUGCCAACUGGAUCUUUUCUGACUUGUUCCUCAGACAACACCAUUCGCUUCUGGAACAUAAAUAGCAGCCCUGACUCUCCCUGGCAGAAAAACAUCUUCAGUAAUACCCUACUGAAGGUAGUGUAUGUAGAGAAUGACAUCCAGCACCUUCAGGACAUGUCACACUUCCCAGACCGGGGUAGUGAGAAUGGGACACCUAUGGACGUGAAAGCCGGGGUACGAGUCAUGCAAGUCAGUCCUGAUGGCCAACACUUGGCUUCAGGCGACCGAAGUGGAAAUCUGAGGAUCCAUGAGCUGCAUUUCAUGGAUGAGCUGGUCAAGAUGGAAGCCCAUGAUGCUGAGGUGCUAUGCCUGGAGUACUCCAAGCCUGAGACUGGGCUUACCUUGCUUGCCUCGGCCAGUCGGGACCGACUGAUCCAUGUGCUGAACGUGGAGAAGAACUACAACCUGGAGCAGACCCUGGAUGAUCACUCCUCCUCCAUCACGGCCAUCAAAUUUGCAGGCAACAGAGACAUCCAAAUGAUCAGCUGUGGGGCCGAUAAGAGCAUCUACUUUCGCAGUGCACAGCAGGGCUCCGAUGGGCUUCACUUUGUCCGUACUCACCAUGUGGCAGAGAAGACCACCUUGUAUGACAUGGAUAUUGACAUCACCCAGAAGUAUGUGGCUGUGGCCUGCCAGGACCGCAAUGUGAGAGUCUACAACACCAUGAAUGGAAAGCAGAAGAAAUGCUACAAGGGCUCCCAUGGCGAUGAAGGGUCUCUGCUGAAGGUCCACGUGGACCCCUCAGGCACCUUCCUAGCCACAAGCUGCUCUGAUAAAAGCAUCUCGGUGAUAGACUUUUACUCGGGCGAGUGCAUUGCCAAAAUGUUUGGCCAUUCUGAAAUUGUCACCGGCAUGAAGUUCACCUAUGACUGUCGUCAUUUGAUUACAGUAUCUGGAGACAGCUGUGUGUUCAUCUGGCACCUGGGCCCAGAGAUUACCAACUGCAUGAAGCAGCACUUGCUGGAAAUUGACCAUCUGGAGCAGCAGCAGCAGCAGCAGCAGCAGAAUACGAAGGAUGGGAAAUGGAGCAGCCACCCCAGGCAGGAGACAUAUGCAUCUGUGCCCAACAAGAUUUGCUCCCUAAGAUCUGGAGAGCAGGCAGAGGAUGAGCUAGAGGAAGAGUGUGAACCUGAAGAAUUACUGAAGACACCAUCCAAAGAGAGCUUGGAUUCAGAUCCUCAGUGCCUGCUGACCAACGGCAAGCUGCCACUCUGGGCAAAGCGGCUGCUUGGAGAUGAUGAUAUGGUGGAUGGCUCAGCCUUCUACACCAAGCACAGCUACCAGCCACAUGGCCGCUGGGCAGAGCGGGCUGACCAGGAGCCCCUCAAGACCAUCCUGGAUGUCCGUGACCUGGAUUGCUACUUUACCCCCUUGAAGUCCGACAGUCUGGAGGACUCCGUUCUGGAUAUAGUGAAGCCACAGAGCCUGGCAGGCCUGCUGAGUGAGUCAGAGAGUCCCCAGGAAGAUGGCUGUAGGAAUCCUUCCUUCCUGCCUCUACAGAAGGAGUGCUCUGAAGCCAGAGAGGUCGUCAGCUCCCUGGAGGUAGAGGUGACCGUCCCAGGGACAGACAGCAAGUACAGCUCAGAAGAAGUGGAGAGGGAGCCUGGAGACCAGCAAGGUGACUCCUAUCUCAGGGUCUCCUCCAUGGGCUUGAAGGAUCGGAGCAAACUUGCGGAUUCAGGGAAUUCAGAAGCCUACUUGGAGUGUACCUUCACCACCAUCCAUUCCUCCCCUCCACAGCUGGACUCAGACCCUCGGUUUGAUGUGACAGUGACUCCUAUACCAGCAUGCCCAGGAACUGCAGAAGAGUUGUCUCGGCCUGAGCUGGCAGGCAUAUCCAAUGACUCCUUGCCCCAGACCCCUGAGCAAGAGAGGUUUCUCCGCCAUCACUUUGAGACGCUUACUGACACCCACCAUGAGGAGCUCUUUCACAGAUCCCUAAGAGAUGUGACGGCCUCUGCGGAUGAGGACUUUUUUAAUCCCCGGCUGAGCAUCUCAGCCCAGUUCCUCUCACGUCUCCAGAAGACAUCCAGGCUCAACCACACCUUCCCUUCCCCGCUGCACCUGCACCUUGUGAAGUCCCCGGAGGUCAAACUCAUAGACCUCCAGGGGAACCAGGCCAGAGCAGAACCAGGUACUGGCUACACCUUCCCAGGGAGGACCGAUGUCCUCUCUGGGAGGAAAGCUAAGGAGUCACUUGACAACCUGGAGGCCUGGUGCCCACUGAAGGCCACUGCCAGUUCCUGUGCCAAGAUGUCACCCAGCAUUUCCCUUGAGGACAGUGAGGACCCUGUCUUGGUUGACAAAGAGAGAGGGAGACCCCUCUGCAGGCCCUCAUCUCUGGGGAAGCUGGCCUCCAUGGACCAGGAGCUUCAGGCCAUCACCACCACAGCAGCAACCAGUUCUGACAGUGAGGGCCGAGAGCCUGCCCUGCCCUCCCAGGGCAACUAUGAAGCCCAGGCCAGCUUCAAGCAGACCCUGUCAGGUGUCUGUGACAGGCUCUUACUGCCCUCACCCCCACAGGAGCCACCCACUACUUGUGUCUGGUCCCAGGAACCUGUGGCCACCCAGUCUGAUGUCACAGUCACAACAUCUACCUUCCCGGCUUCCAGCCCCGUAGAUAUGAGCUCCCUGAGGCUCCACAGCUCCACCUUUCUCCCAAGGCUUCUGGCCGCUGAACCCCUCAACACCCCUGCACACCCCAACAGCCCCCCACUUCCAGAGGCUAUGCCUGGCAGCAUCACCUCCCUCCUGGAGCUCACCCCUGAUGCACUCAGUGUACUCCGGGACAGCCCUGGACACUGGGGAGAGCCUGGAGUGCCAGCCAGAGUCCUGUCCCCAGCUCCCCUUGAGGUGAGCAGUGUGGGGACCAUUGUGCACAAACUACAGACUGCCUUCCAAGAAGCCCUGGACCUUUACCACCUGAUGAUCUCCAGUGACCAGUUGAGUACCAAGCAGCGGCAGGCACGGACUGAACUAGCCUCCACCUUCCUUUGGAUCCACAGCCAGUUAGAGACCAACGACUGGCUGGUUGAGAGUGAUGUGGCCCCAGCCCAGGCCCUCCCCAGCCCUAACCCCCCCUCCCCACCUACAUUGUGUCCCCUGGCCAGCCCAGAUUUGCGUGCCCUGCUGGAACACUACUCGGAGCUGCUGGUGCAGGCUGUGCGGAGGAAGGCACAGGGGGACUGAGGGUCAGCAGCCCUGCUACUUUCUGAUGAAAUAGCAACACAGGAAUCAAUUGCUUCAAGAGACAUGUUGUGCAUGGAGAACUGGUCACCCAAGCAGAAACAGAAUGGCUCCCCACUCAUCAGCUCAUUCUUUAGUGCAACCUGGCCCCCGCACGCCACAUUGACAGCUCCUAAAUACUGGGCUGCUAGGCCUGAGCCAGGCAUACUAGUCAUGGUUGCAUGAAAUCCAACAAUUGUAAGAUGGCAACACUUAAAACCCCUAAUGGAAUACUACGCAGCUGUAAAAAAAGAAGGAACUCUUACCCUUUGCAACAG